GCGGGAGACUGAGUUCAUAUUCGACUUUAGCAGCUGAGUAGACUGGGAUACGCCGAUCUAAGGAAGGGUUACUUAAUGCCGGCUGAAAAGUUAUUUUUAAAUUCAAUAAUGGCAUCUCUGAAGACACGCGCGGAACAGAACAUCCUGACAUAUCUUUGGGGAGUAUUGGUGAUGGCCUCGAGCUGCCACGGCGCGCGAGUUGUAAGUGGUCAGACAGUGUGUGAGGGGGGGACAGAGCAGCCCUGCUACAAGAUCGCCUACUUCCGGGACGUGACAAGUCGUGUUGCAUUCCUGGAGGCUCGGCAGGCGUGUGAGAUGGACGGAGGAUCGCUGCUGAGCAUCGAGAGCCUAGCAGAACAGAAACACAUAGAGCACCUGCUGCAGGUGAGCUGUGUACCUCUUCCACAGGGGCCGGGUAACAGCAUAGAGGAUGGGGACUUCUGGAUUGGUCUGACGCGGGUGGAUGGAGACACUAACCAAGAACACAGCGGCUUCACUUCCUGUCCAGACCUCUACCACUGGACAGAUGGAAGUGUUUCCCAGUUUAGGAACUGGUACUUUGAUGAGCCGUCGUGUGGCGGGGAGGCUUGUGUGGUCAUGUACCACCAGCCCACGGCACUCCAGGGUCUGGGCGGAGCUUACCUGUUCCAAUGGAACGAUGACAGAUGCAACAUGAAGCACAACUUCAUCUGCAAGUACGAGCCAGAGAGCCACCUGGUAAAGGAGCAGGGAGACCGGCCUGGGCCUCGUGACCCGGAGUUUUCCUCUGACCACACAGAGGGGGUGAAACAGCCAGUUCCCAGCGAGGACAACACCCCUCAAGUGGUUCUGGCCGGGCCCACAGGUAUGCUGCUGGUGUAUGUGAUCAUUCCCACUAUCCCACUCCUGCUCCUCAUCCUGGUGGCAACUGGGACUUGCUGUUUCCAGAUGUUUAGCAAGAGCCAACCUCGGACCAAAACAAGUGUGGACCAAUCAACCCUAUGGAUCUCCAAGUCUGCCAAAUCAGAUAGUAUAGAAGUAUGAGGCGGAAAUGACAUCACUCCAGACGAGGCACCACAGAACACACCGAAAGAUCAUACUUGUCAAUUCUCUCCAAUACUCUCCAAUAUCAUCACCUUCUCUUUCUAUGUCUGUCUUCUUUUUCCUGCCUCUGCUCUCUAUCAGUGUCUAUGCGUGUCAGACCUAGCAUGAGUUUGUGUGUGUGUGUGUGUGUGUGGUUGGAUAGUUAAUAGUCACAGUUAAUUGGCAGCAAGUAGAGCUGAGGUAAUUACGUUUUGAUUAAGAGAGGGAGAGAGAGGGAGCAAGAAGAAGAGAACAGAGAGGCAGAGAUAGAGGAGAGACAGAUGGAGAGGGGCUUGUUGGGAGACCCAGAUAAACCAAGACUUUCAACUGGUCCUCCUGAGAAACAGAACCAGGUCAGAACCACUUCAACUCCAACAUCAGGGGACAGGUUUACUACUAAUGAACCGCACACUCUGGUGAGACAUGGGGGAGAGGAAAGGAAACAAAUAUUUUAGAAUAGAGGAAUAAAAAGAGAUAAAAAAUAAGGGGUUAAGUGAAGGGGAUACGAAGAGAAAGAAAAGCAAAGAACAGAGAGAGAGAGAGAGAGAGAGAGAGAGAGAG